AUGGCUCCUCCACCCAAGAUCGAGCAGAAGGAAAUUGAAACAUACUGGAAUAUCUUCGUGGACAGGACAGGAGGAGGACAGUUCCUUACUGGUGAACAGGCCGCGCCCGUCCUCAAGAACAGCGGCCUUCGCGAUGACCAGCUGGAAAAGGUCUGGGACCUGGCCGACGUCGACAACGAUGGAAACCUAGACUUUGAGGAGUUUUGCGUCGCUAUGCGACUCAUCUUUGAUAUCCUCAACGGGGAGUUUGCCGAUGUACCAAAGACGCUCCCCGACUGGAUGAUUCCCGAGUCGAAAGCCCAUCUUGUGCAGGCAACUAAAGCCAUCACGGGGAAGCAGCCGCAGUUUGAACAAGUCGAGGACGAGGACGAUACCCCUGGCCUGAAAGAUGGAUUUGAGUGGUAUAUGAAGCCGGAAGACAAGGCCAAGUACGAGCAGAUAUAUCAGGAGAGCCGAGAUAUGCGAGGAGAAGUAUCAUUCACUUCCCUCGAAGACCUCUAUGAGUCGUUGGACGUCCCUGAUACCGAUAUUCGAUCUGCCUGGAACCUUAUCAACCCAUCUGCCUCAUCAAGCAUCAACAAGGACGCAUGCCUUGCAUUUCUUCACAUUCUAAACAACCGACAUGAGGGCUUCCGAAUUCCCCGCACAGUACCUGCCUCACUGCGGUCGAGCUUUGAGCGCAACCAAAUCGAUUACCAAGUCGACAACCAAAGAGGCGGAGUGUCAUCACGGUGGGCUACCAAGGCAGAUGACUCUACAGCGACAGGACGCAAGGCCAAGUUCGGUACCGACUUCUCGACGGAGAAGACGGAGGAUUGGGAGGAAGUGAGGCUCAAGCGCCAACUGCAGGACCUAGAGGACAAGAUGAAGAAGGUCGAAGAAAUUGCAGAGAGGCGGAAGGGCGGCAAACGUGAUUCUAAGCCGGCGCUCGUCAAGCGAGAGCUGGAUCAACUUCUUGACUACAAGCGAAGGGAGCUGAGAGAUUUGGAAGAGGGCAAGGGCAAAAGUGCCGUUGGUGGAAACUUGAAGAGCAUAUCGGAUGACUUGGAGACGGUUCGUGAGCAAGUGGAUGGUCUAGAAGCGCAUUUGAGGUCUCGAGAGCAAAUUCUGGAGCAGCUGCAGAGAGAGAUUGAGGACGAGAAGAGGGGUUGA